AUGCCUUUUCCAGCGACACCAUCACCAUUCCGUCUCUCCCGCCGCAACCCAUCCACGCGCCGCAAUGCCGGCCCUCAAUUCGCCCCCACACCUCGAUUUCUAUUGUCCCAAAGCGCAACACAGAGCGCAAAUGAUGACAACGACGUGAUUGAUGAUGAUGAACCGUCUGCGACGCGUCAGGUUGCAUAUACCCCACCUGCAUCUCAAGUGGCCGCUCGCUCGCGCUAUCGACGCGACGUAAUCGAUGAUUCCGAUGAUGUGGAGGUGAUAAGAAAUAGGGGUGUCGGUGCCAGAGGCAUGAAUGAAAUACGAGAUGAUGCUAUCGACAGCACUCCUCCGGACGAGACCGAGACCGAGACCCCGGGAGUCCUUGACGCUGACUUCGACGCCCUCUUUGCUCCUAGCAGAAAUGGGAAUAAACGGCGUCGCACGGAGAGAAGCACACCCUCGGCUUCGACGAAGCUAACACAAGCCGAUGCAAUAUCAUCAUCGCCACCUCCAACGGCGAAUCCACUGGCUAAUUCCAUCGAGUCGCCUGACUUGGACAGACAAAAUACCACAGCCUGGGAAAUGGCCACACAGAGAACACCAGCACCAAUUGCACGUCCAUUUGCACCACUUGUGUUGACACCAGGCGAGAUGAAAACACCGUUCCGCAGUCGUCCUCGGUUCAUGCUUUCAUCAACAAUGAAACCCCCCAGCAUUCAGUCUGCGCCUAAAUUCAAACCAAACACACAAACUAUAUCACCACCAGAGAGGCGCAAGCCAGUAUUUGUUUUGCCGCGCUCGCCCUCGCCCAACCCAGAUACAGAGAAUAUACCGGCACCAUUUUCUCCCUCGUCGCGCACACUCAGUCGUCGUGGUCGAAACUCUGCCGGUGUAUCCAAUUACAUGCCCGGUGGAAUGGCCACCGAGGUGCGCAGCUGGGUUUUGGAAAUGGGAACAAAACGUGAGCAAUUUUUGAACCCUUCACUGGCCCGGCCUGUGGGCUCACAGACAAUACACGCAUCUGAAGAGUUGGGAAAAUAUAUGGUGGCUGCGCGUGUCAUCCGUGUCAGUCACUCCGGUCUACGUAGCUGUGGCCCAUUAGCCUUCCUCCAAGCCGAGCAUGUUGCUGGACAACAGGCGCAAGAGAAAACACCUAUGGACACUCUCAACAUUAUGAUUAUGGGACCUCCGCGUUCAAAGCCCGACAUAUACCCGAGUUCCUCCCAUGCCGAAACAGCCCAGGCAUUCCCUUUACAAGAAGGAUAUCUUAUUGGGAUUCUCCCAGGGCUUACCUGGAAUUUAGAACUUGGAGAUUACUGGAAACAAAUCAGCGCACAAAAUCAGAGCCCCAAUGCCUCUUUGUCCAGCGCUUCGUUAGAAAUCGAUGGAUCCACGGAGACAACAAAAGAGCGUUGGCUUGUGGCUAUGGAAUGGGAUUUGAUCAAAACACAUGCCGACUCAUGA